AAAUACGUGACACUGCCACGUGGUGGGUUUAUAUAGGGUCAAGCGGAAGCGUUUAAGCGCCAUUUCACUGCGGAGCUGAACAGCGGUCUAUCAGUGGAAGUACAGCGUCAACAGCGGUGGGAACAUUGGAUUGGAAUAACAACCCGCCCUCAGCCCGAUGGAAGCGGCAGUCAACCCGCCUCACGACAGCUCUCUGGUCGGGUUGUCCAGUGGCGGGAUGGACCAACACAGCAGUUCCAGCAAACGCAUUCGCAAGCCCUCCCUGUUGUACGAGGACUUUGAGAGCCCGUCCCUACCGCACACAUUACCCCAAGGGCCUCCUGUCCCUCCACAGCCCCCAGUGAGAGACCCCGGUCGGCCGGGUCGCAUGACGAACCAGCUGCAGUUCCUGCAGAGGACCCUGAUGAAGUUUCUGUGGAGGCAUAACUUUGCCUGGCCGUUCCACGAGCCUGUGGAUGCCUACAGGCUGAAUCUACCGGAUUAUCAUAAAAUAAUCAAACAACCUAUGGACAUGGGCACCAUCAAGAAGCGUUUGGAGAACAACUUUUACCGCAGUGCCAGCGAGUGCAUCCAGGAUUUUAACACAAUGUUCACCAACUGCUACAUUUACAACAAGCCGACAGACGACAUUGUGCUGAUGGCCCAGUCCUUAGAGAAGAUCUUCCUCCAGAAGGUGGCCCAGAUGCCCCAGGAUGAGAUUGAGCUGCCUCCUCCGGCUCCCCGAAACAAGAACAACAGAGGGAGGGGUCGUAAAAGCUCAUCGAGGGCUCAGCAGGUGCCUGCAGUGUCCCAGUCGGCCUACUCCCCCUCUUCCUCUGAUACUGGAGAGUCGAUGCCUGCAAACUCUCCCCAGACUGUGCUGACCAAAAGCCUGCCUCCAGCCAACAUCAUGGGCCUCCCCCCUACACAGCCAACAACCAAGAAAAAAGGUGUGAAACGUAAGGCUGACACCACCACCCCCUCCAACAUGGGCCUGACUGUGGGCAUGACAGGAGCCACACACAUGGUGGGCUUAGGGAAAGGAGGACAUGGGGGCCACGGAGGCCAUGGAAGUCAUGGAGGCCACGGAGGUCAUGGAGCUCAUGGAGCUCAUGGAGCUCAUGGAGGCCAUGGAGGCCAUGGAGGCCACGGGGGUCAUGGUGGCCAUGGAGGCCAUGGGGGGCAAGUCCAUGACACCUCCAUGCACAGCAUCUCCAUGGGUGUAAUGAACUUAGACACCCCACCUGGGAUGGGGCUGGUCAGGAGCCCUGGAGGUCCCGUCCUGCUCCAGCCGAUGAUGGCAGGAGCAGGACGCAGAGUGGGCAGCGGGCGCCCCAUUAAACCCCCCAAGAAAGACUUACCUGACUCUGUACAGCCUCUGCCCUCAAGGAAGGGCAAGCUGAGCCCUCAGCUGAGGUACUGCAGCGUGCUGCUCAAAGAAAUGUUGUCAAAGAAACAUGCUGCGUAUGCCUGGCCCUUUUACACGCCUGUAGACGCUGCUGCACUGGGACUGCACGACUAUCAUGACAUCAUCAAGUGUCCCAUGGACCUCAACACUAUCAAGAGGAAGAUGGACUGUCGUGAAUACAGGGAUGCACAGCAGUUUGCCAGUGAUGUCCGGCUAAUGUUCUCUAACUGCUACAAGUACAACCCGCCUGACCAUGAUGUUGUUGGCAUGGCGCGCAAGCUGCAGGAUGUGUUCGAGUUUCGCUUUGCUAAGAUGCCAGAUGAACCGCUUAUGGACCACACGGCCAUGUCCCUGAGCGGCCAUCCGUCAUCCUCAUCUUCUUCUUCCUCCUCCUCGUCGUCCUCUUCUUCCUCCACCUCAGAAAGCGAGCCCAGCAGUGAGAGCGAGGAGAGUGAGAGCAGCCCAAACUCAGACAGCGAGGAAGAGCGAGCAAACCGCUUGGCUGAGUUACAGGACCAGGUGUGUACACAGCUUAGAGCCGUGCACGAGCAGCUGGCUGCCCUCUCCCAAGGCCCCAUCGUCAAACCCAAGAAGAAGAAAGAGAAGAAGGAGAAAAAGGAGAAGAAGAAAAAGAAAAAGCUGGAGAAGCGAAUUCGAGGGGGCAGGAGCAGAGCUGGCUCUGAGGAGUGGAAAAUGCCCAGCAAGAUCCUGAAAAGCAAGUCCGCCAGAGCAGGAGGCUCCCAGCCCAAGAAAAACCCAAGCAAGAAGAGCAACAAGAACAGCAAGAACACAAAGAAGCCGUUCUACCCUCCUCCGACUCCCACCCUGCUGCCACACUAUGACUCGGAGGAAGAGGAGGAAAUCGUGCCCAUGUCGUACGAUGAGAAACGCCAGCUGAGCCUCGACAUUAACAAGCUCCCAGGGGAGAAGCUGGGUCGCGUGGUCCACAUCAUUCAGUCCAGAGAGCCUUCACUGCGGGACACCAACCCAGAGGAGAUAGAGAUUGACUUUGAAACACUGAAGCCAUCAACACUGAAGGAGCUGGAGCGCUACGUCAUGACCUGUCUGAGGAAGAAGCCCCGUAAGCCAUAUGCUGAUCAAGUGGGAAAGAAAGGCAGUGUGGGCAAGUCAAAAGAGGAGCUAACUCUGGAGAAGAGGAGGGAACUAGAGAAGAGGCUACAGGAUGUCAGCGGGCAACUCAACUCUGUCAAGAAACCCACAAAACCUAAAGUAGAGAAGCCCAACGCUACAGAGACCAACACGCAGCCCUCACGCCUCAGCGGCAGCAGCUCCAGCUCCGACUCCUCGUCGUCCUCUUCCUCCUCCUCGUCCUCGGACACCAGUGACUCAGACUCUGGUUGAGAUCCUUACAGUGGCUCAGAGAGAAAAUCACUAAUAACUCAGGGACUUGGGCUGGCCCAGGACACAACACACCCUGAAACGGUAGUGGGCUGAGAAAUAAGUUACCAUGGCGGGAAAAAAAAAAAAACACUCCAAGAGGACUCAUUAAUGUUUGAAUGUGGGACUGAGGGAUGUGAAACAUUGUCUCUGUGGAUAAUCCUAAAACCUGAACACUAAAUGCCUUGGUUUCCCUUUUCCUUCCCUUUGUAAAUACUUGUACAAAUUUAUGUUUCUUUUAUAAAGAAGAAUUUUAUGGAGAUCCCCCAAAGAGGGAACGUAAUAAAAAAGAUGUGGAAAGAUGGGCCGUAUUCCAAAUCUGCUUUGGCUGGCCUCGACGCUGCGCAGUGAGGGAAUGAAGGAGUUUAUUUAUUUGUUUUCUUCCGCUACAUUUCCUCUUGACGUGUCUGGAAUCAGAACCAGCAACUGUGCGGUCACAAGCCUUGCUUUUUCUAACAACAUAGCCUUCUGCCACUCUUCAUUUUAGAUCAACCCCCUUAGCCUCAGCCUUAAUCAUACAGAUUGGAGUGUUAACUGGAAAAACACCAAAAGACCCUCCAGCAGCUCUUCCAUCCGUUCUCAUGUUCACAGGUUCAUGAGCAUCUACUCUCCUACUUUCAGGUCAGAAUCAAAGUUCAGUUGAAGCUCUGAGAUAUUCACCGUUUAUAUUUACUAUCUUUGUUCUUGAAGUCAAAUGUCACUGAGGCGUUUGGCUUCAUGUGGUAGUCUGUUGCUGUUUUUUUAAACAAAGUAGUUUCAUGCAGUUGUACAGCAUAGACAUAGCUUUACAUGCUGUGCUAACAAGGUUUGCAGUUAAGGAUAUUCAGUUUUCACAAAUCUUGGAGGCACAUCCACAUUUGGAAGCCCGUCAGCCAAUUUAAGACAGACUUGUCUUAAAGUCCUUUAUUUGAAGUACUGUGUUCAGUAUUUUAAAAUCAGUUCUUUGAUAUUCUUCCCACAUUUCUCAGUGUUAAAUAGAAGUGUAAGACAAGUGUGCAUCUGGAACACACUGCUGAAUGUUGUCAGAUUACAAUGAAGGUUUCUAAUUACCACAGUAACUCAAGCAGGUCAAACAUUGCUGCUCUUUAAAGUCAUCCGUAGCACUUCAAACGGAAGGUUUCUGAAAGAAGUCUUCACGCUGCCCGGCACUUACUGAAACACACCGUGUUGACAAAGUGACACUACAAAGUUUUCUCUAGAAAACAAAAACGUUCCACAUGAGAAACGACGGUCCUGUCGUUCAUAACUGAAGCUGUUGUUGAAUGUUCAUUGAAAGAAUAUAUGCUUGUAUAUACUUAAACUAUAUUUGCUGUUGCACAAACUUGUACUCCUGCUGUUCAGUCUUUGUUUGUUUGUUUUUUUUCAGUUGUUUUGUUUUUUUUGUUUUUAACCCGGUUCUUUCUCAUUCCAGUUUACAGUCUUAGUUGUUGCCUGAAGAGCGUUCACCUGUUCGACCUGUUUGACCAUUGCUGCCUCUGGUCCAGCAGGUUGUUGCCUCUCAGAAGCAAACCUUUUCAUUUGACAAGUGUGUUAAUUAAACUAUUCUCUUCUGUAGAAACA